CUCGUCUAAAGUCCUCGCGUAUAAUCAUGGCAGUUGGAUAGAAAGUGGGAAAUUGCUUAAAAUCUUUGUCAAUGUCAUGGUCUGAGGUGCAGUCGAGGUGGGCUGGAGAUAUGGGAUAUGCGUUCGCUGGAAGAGGAGGAGUGUGAGUCUGUAAUUAAAGCGGAAAAAAAAAUCUUCAGACUGAUUUGUUAGGCUCCAGCAGACUAGAGGGUGUUACCGGCCCAUAUUAUAUCAAGUUUGAAAAGCAAACAUAGGAUCAGAAAUAAGGCGCCUAUAAGUUUUCUUAUUGCACGUGCGAUGUUUUUUUCAGCAUUCGUCUUUUAAACUUAACUCUCGCAUUCCGGUAGGUUUUCACUCGGAUGCGCGCUCAGAUCGAUCGCAGUGGAUGCGUCUAUAGAUUCACUCGCUUUGUGAUCUGUUGUGCUCUUAAAUAGUCGACGGGAUCAGUUAAAUGCACAGUGCGGGAACUCCAGUUGUCCUCCGUUGCCGGAUAAGACCGUGUUUUUUUGAAUGAGGAUAUCAGGUCUUACUCGUAAGUGCACGGAGCAGCACGCGCUCUGAAGAAUGGUCCGAUAAUAUCGAUCAUCUGUGAAAUCCUUCAGGACUUUGAUAACCGCGCGAUUUGCUUUGGCGAACAAGGUCAUGAUGUAUUCGCCGAUUUGCUUAACACAGGAUGAGUUUCAUCCCUUCAUCGAGGCGCUGCUCCCUCAUGUGCGUGCCAUAGCCUACACCUGGUUCAACCUGCAGGCAAGGAAACGCAAGUACUUCAAGAAGCACGAAAAGCGGAUGUCCAAGGACGAAGAACGCGCAGUGAAAGACGAGCUGCUCAGCGAGAAACCCGAAAUCAAGCAGAAAUGGGCGUCCCGUCUCCUGGCCAAGCUGCGCAAGGACAUCCGGCAGGAGUACCGGGAAGACUUUGUGCUCAGCGUAACGGGCAAAAAGCACCCGUGCUGCGUUCACUCCAACCCCGACCAGAAGGGCAAGAUCCGGAGAAUCGACUGCCUGAGGCAGGCUGACAAAGUGUGGCGGCUGGACCUGGUCAUGGUCAUCCUGUUUAAAGGGAUUCCGCUGGAGAGCACAGACGGCGAGCGUUUGGUCAAGUCCCCGCACUGCACUAACCCAACGCUCUGCGUUCAGCCCCACCACAUCACUGUCUCUGUGAAAGAGCUGGACUUGUUUCUGGCAUACUAUGUCCAUGACCAAGACUCGCAGCAGUCAGGAAGUCCCAGCAACAAUGAGCCUGGCAAAAACCCUCCAGGUUACUUGGAAGACAGCUUUAUUAAAUCAGGGGUCUUUAGUGUUUCAGAGCUGGUGAGAGUAUCCAGAACUCCUAUCACACAGGGUGCAGGUGUGAACUUCACAAUGGCCGACAUGCCUAGUCAGCCGUACUAUCAAGACCUGAACUCAGGAGUGAGUUUACACCGUUCCCUCUCGUCUCCACCCGGCAGUAAAAGGCCUAAGACCAUUCAAGAGGACAGUAUGGACACCAGCCCCACCGGGCCAGACUUUUACUCAUCACCCGGAUCACCGGCCAGCAGACCCUGGCAUGAGAGAGACCAAGCAGACAUGUCCUCUCCCACCAUGAAGAAGCCAGAUAAGCCAUUAUUUAGUCCAACAUCUCCACAGGACUCUUCACCUCGGCUCAGCACCUUUCCCCAGCACCACCACCCAGGACUGACAACCGUCGGCCACAGUGUUAUCUCCACCAGGAGUCCACCUCCGCAUUCUCCGCUGCCGUUCUCCUCCCCAUCCAUCCUUCCCCCGGCCCCCUCGCCCUACAUCUCUCACGGCGCCAUCCGCUACCCACCACACCUCAACCCACCCGACUCCCUCAAAAACUACAUGCAGUCUUACGACCCGUCCAGUCCACAGAGCAGCCAGCCGAACAGCAGCGGUCAGGUACUAGGGAAAGUUCCCGGUCACUUUACGCCAGUGCUGGCCCCCUCACCCCACCACGGAACGGUCAGACCGGUGUCUCUCUCUAUGACCGACACCAAGCCAAUUACCACAUCCUCAGAGGGUUAUUCGGCUCCAGGCACCCCCACUGCCAACCGUUUUGUGGGACUGAGCCCAAGAGACCCAGCCUUUCUUCACCAGCAACAGCUGAGGAUUUGUGACUGGCCCGUGAAUCAAAACAUCAGGUCAUAUGGCUCAGAGGAGACUUUGGGGAUUUCUUGGCAAAGUCCUGGUACCUGGGCGAGCUUAAUUCCAUUCCAAGUGUCGAACGGGACUCCGAUUCUGCCAACAAAUGUCCAGAAUUACAGCAUAAACAUCAUUGGUGAGCCCCUCCUGCAGGCGGAAUCAAGCAAUUGAAGGUGGCCUAGAAGCGGAGCCCAGGAGUGACGGGGUCCUCGGACAAACCAGCAAGCAGCACUUAUACAAUCGACCUGGACCUUUGGCCCGCCCUCUAAUGGACAUUGGCUUAGAGCGGUAGAGUGAGUGGGGUCAAAGCGUUCUCUUCUGACAUGAGCCUCUCUCCACACCAGUCAGUCAUUGUGUCAAGAGGCCCCUAAACUGAGAUACUGUGAUACUUACCAUUCAAACUUUAGAUGCCUUACUGUAUAUGCAUGAUAUGCUAGUCUCUCGUAGUGUUUCUCUCGUUCUUACGUCACGAUUACUAGUCUUGGUUUAUGAAAUUAUUUAGAUGGGGAUGGCCACGCAAGGGCUGGCUGGCUGGACGGUUUGAAAAGCGAGCUGCAAUUCACACAAACUUUGAUCAAACAGAGGCUCAUCCUAUUCCUCACAUGACCACAGGAGCAAUUUUCAAUGAACUGAAUGUCUCUAUUUUCUUAUUUCCCUCGAAAAUUUUCAUUUACCCAUGGUGCAAAAUCUUUUCAAUCUUGUCAAUCUUCUACUUGAUUCCUUUUGAGGUAAAGGUAAGAAUUUACUCUAAAGAGUUACAAACUCUGAAAAGGUUUUUUCUUCAAUGAAAGAAAAAAGUUAUAUUGCUAAGCAGGAAAUACAACCCCCUUUUUCGUUUUUUUGAUAUUUCCUUUGAAAAGGAUUUUGAGACAAAAAGUCAAUAUCUCAUAAGAGGCAAGUGCAAUUUAAAUGAUUUUACUGAAGGGAAGCUAUCACAGUCUGUCUGCCCUAAGACUCUAAAGGAAUGGGGAGAAAAGUUUUAAAAUAAACUUAAAAACGUAAAAAAUAUAUAGAAAAUUGCGUCCUUGAUUCGGGAUACUAGGAAAAGCUAAGGGUGGAUGAAUGAGAUGGACAGUUAACGUUUACCUGAGCAAAACUGAACAUGAACAAUACAGCACUUAUGUUGAGCCUUACCCAAACAUGCGGGUAGUUUUUUUUCUUUAAUUUAUUGAAAAGAAAACGUAAAAUAGGUUUAAAAAAGACGCGAACACACGGCGUGUAUAAAAUGGCUUAUUUUGACAUAUACCUACCGAACUAGUAUGCAUGUUUAUUUGGCUGUUAGCUUGUAAAGCUACUGUUUACACUUUGAAAUCAUGAGAAACAAGAGGGACGCAGGUUGAUCAAGUAAUUUAAGACAAGAUGUGUAUGUGUGUUAUGUGUACUCAUUUUAACACUAAACUGCGAGUUUAGGCGAGGUCUUAAGGUGCUUAUUUCACAUCCUCUUUUUGGUAGUUCCCAAAAGCCGCAGUCUCAGAAAUCUACGAUCGCUCCCGGCAUUCUCAAUGCCAUCGCCUCUCCAAUCAGACAUAUUUAUAGAAUUAAUCUUUCCAAUAAUCUUAAUUUGCACGAAAGUAUAUAGUCCACGUUACGUGCCUUGCCUUCGAAUAUAGAGAACAUCACUACACUUGUUUUUGCUGCAUUUAUUACCGUUUUAGGAAAAAAGUAACAUUUUUAUGAUAAGAAAUAUUUUGUACUCUGGAUGAAUUUGUGACAUUGUUGAUUUUUAGCUUCAUUUACUACUUUAUCUCACAUUUACAGUGCAUAUCAAGGCUUUGUAUAGUUGCUGUUCUAAACUUUAUAAUCAACAUUCAGCAUUAUUGUUUUCAGUAUUUUGGUGGUUUUCUUUAUUUUGAUUCUGUUUUAAUCGUUUGUUUGUUUGAUUUUUCCAUCUUCCAGUCAUUAUCGGGGAGGGCGGGGGUCAAGAUUUAUAAGAAUUAUGCAAUACCAAGUUUUGCCUAUGUAGGUAGUGCUUUUAGAUAUGUGGAUUAUUAGAAGCUAGUACAGACAUACAAAAAGUGUAAACAUUUAUUUUGUUGCUGUUGUUGUUGUUGUUGCUGUUGUUGUUGUUUUUUUUCGUAUUUGACCAAAGUGGGAACUGCUUUCUAUGCAGUGUGCGACAAGGUCUUUUUUCCCUCGAGUGUACCGAAAGGUGGUGCUUGUCAUUUUAUGUUGAGUAUUCUCAACAGAGGGAAGGACUUUUUUCCUACACUUUGAAGCAUGUCUGCAGAGAAUGCACCCUUUGGUCUAAUAUGGCUGCAAAGUCACUGAUUUGUCUACUGUGACUACAAACUCCUUUUUCAACCUUCGACCCCAGGGAUUCACAGAAGAAAACAACUUUCAUAAGGGAGACAGCUUGACUUGAGAGCGACAAUCACCAGUGAAUGACGCGCACUUUGGCUAACACAUUGAGGGUACAGUAUGAAAUGCUGCCUUAUUGUUAGUGCAUUUUCCCACCACAUAUAUCUCACCCGGGUUCUCCCUUUCCAGUAAACAAUGCAAUUCCCAAGUAGAUGCCUUACAUUUUUGACGAACAAGUGACUUGUUAUAAAAUGCGCUACAAUCACCAUCACGCAAGUUUGUGCGUGUUAAUUGUGUCCCAAUCAGAAUAUCACUGUUUCUUAUUGUUCCCUAUGAAGUGCUCUAAUUUACAGCCUUAUUAAGAUUGUUAUCUGUAGACAAACUACCCCCAUGGGGAACAUUAGUUUAAAUGUUUUAUAGUUAUUUUAGGUUUUACAAGAUAUAGACUUUGUAAAAAUGGAAUGACGUAAUGCUCUUAGGGUCUGACGGAUCAACGAAACCCAGUUUUGCACCUACAGCAUACAGGCAAUCACUAACCGUAGUGCCCGAUCAAUACAACAAAACUCAGGCGUUUUGCUUCACAGGGCAUUAUAAUCAUAAAUGUUAAAAACUGUUCGAAAAAAAAUGUUGUGUAACAUUACACCCCGUUACUAAGGAUCGGUUCAGUCCAUUAAAAAUAUGCUCAAGUCAAGCUGAAUCUCUACUUGUUCUUUGUCAACUUUUUUUUUAGUUUUUUCAAAUACUAGAAUCAAGUCGCCCCCGUUCAAUGUGCACUGUUCUGUUAUUUUUUUGUUUUCCGUUCUUGACAAAUUAAGUGCUUUGCAGCCUUCUGGCCAUCGGCAAGGCCACUCAAGUGCAUUUCCUCCCGCAGUGGUGGGCUUGUCAGGGUCGUGGAGUCAUUCUCGCGUUUUAGGGCGAGUUGGAAACCGUGAAGGAGGCCGUAGAUAGGGGCCAUCUCGAUGGCCGUGGUAAUAGCAAUAGUUUUUGGUAGUCGUCGUAAUGGGAUAAAAUCUGCUUUGGCAGCUUCGUGAAAUGUGUGUAGAUGAAUCUUUCCGGGAGUGCGAGGGUGACUCACGAGGAGAGUAGUUAAGGGUCUUUCUAUUGAAAUGCCUGCCUGGUUAACAAAAGUGUGUACACUGUAAAAUUCCUUUUCUUUCCCCGUUUGUAAAAAGACUUGUAAUCGUGAAUUUAAGUGAUGUCCAUAUUUUUUUGUGAAACAAAAAAAACGAACAAAAAAUGUUUUGAGUUUAGAUUCGUGUUCUAACUUUCCAGCUGUCCAUUAAAGAAGAGAGGUGGAAUAUUUCGAUCUUUCUUUUAUUCUCCUGUACUUUUAAAGUGGAGUAAAUUCCUGUGUGGGACUGUAAAUGUUUAAAACAAAAUGAUGAAGGUCUUUUGUUGUAUUUCGUGUCAAUUAACUUGGAUCCUUAAGAAAUUUCAUAAAUGUUUGAAGUGUUGUUUUGUUAGUGUGGCCAUAGUUUGUGUGUGAUGUGAUAAUGUGAUAAUGAAAACGGGACAAGAAUUAAUGUUUCAGUUUGUGUUAAGUAGGGUCGUUUUUUCCUGAGUUGGUGAACUCCUUGUCACUUUAGAAUAAAGGCACCUGAUCUGAGUCUCCCAACAACAACUACCAGGGUAAUGUCGCGUACGACAUCAAAAAUUGUUCUACUGUUUUGUGCAAAAUAAAGCAUGCAUUAUUUUCCCCAUCACUAGAGGCUGACCCUCCAUAUGAUGUACAGAAUUUGCUUGCUGGGAUUUUUCUGCAAGAUGCCACGUUGGCAUCUCCAUUCUGCAGUGUUUACAUGUCUGCUGUGGGAAGGGAUUGGGAAUGCUGGACGCAUUCGACGUGUAGUAUUCAGGGCAGGCUCGGUACGGAGAGCUCCCAGAAGCCUUUGUGUAGGCUCACAGAUGUCUUAUUCAUGUUGCCAUCAUGGAGAAAAUAAACAGCUGAGCAUUUGCACUUUCUGCAGUUCCCACUACCCCCUUCAUUGGCACAUUGUUUGUUGUGUGGAUUACGUAGAGCUAGCUAUGAAGCUCUUAUUAGCCCGAGUGUUUUUAUCUUGUUGGACUGAGUGUUGUCAUGGUAGCUCAUAGCACUUCCCCUCACCAUACGAUGUUUUGAGGCGUGAUCCGAUUGUCAAUUUAUACCUUAUAUUGGGGUACAGAUAGCGAUUUCUUUUUUUGUUCAAAGGGCUUAUCUUUAUAGUAUUGGUUGCGGAAAUAGUUAUGUGAAAUUAGGAAUUAAAAGCAGUAAGAUGAUAAAGUUGUGGCAUGGUGAAGUUCAUGAAUGUCAUGAUCAUGGUCCUUGUAAAAUCCUACAUGUGUGUAUAUACUGUAUAUGCAAGGAGAAACAGUGGAGCUCAUGCAAUGUCUGUUUUCAUCUGUUCGGAGUGUGCAGGUGUUACCUUUGUUACAAAGGGAAGGCAGCAGGACAGUUUGGUCCACAUCUACUCUCAUAUUUCUAAUAUUAGGGCAUUUACAGCAGCAUGAAUGAUCAUUGAACAGGAGCAUUUUUAAAACCAGCAAAUUAUUAAAAAGAUGUUUACCAGAAAAAGAAAAGAUAAAAGAUUUCAAGCAGUGCCUGUUUCAGCUCAGUUGACUUUCUCUUGUAAAUAAAGAAAACAUUGAAUUUUCUUUUGGGGAUACAAUAAAACAAACAAACUCAAUCUUCAAUCCAAACAGAAUUUGUGGGAUGCCUCUUCCCAUUUAUUUCCCCCCAUAUGUUUCUGCUUUUUUUGGUCCUGUGUUUGUUUUGUGUUUUUGUGCUUUGUUCAAUUUUGGAUAUUUUAGUCAAAUGGGAUGCCCCAGUCUCUAUUUAAUGAGGUAAAGUAAUAGUUGGGCAGUGUGUUUCUCUAGACUACACUUAGUACUACAAUAGAUGACAAAAAAAUGAUUGCCAGCUCCACAGCAGAGUUGAUUUUUAUUUCUUUUUGGAAGGGGGUAGGGUGGGGGGGGGGUCUUGUGGCACUUUUAUGCCCACUGCAAUCUCAGUGGUAUUGUGUUUGUAACAUGACAACAACAACACUAACACCAACAAAUGUUGUAACAGUUUUUGUAGUGAUUGUGAAAAUGCAGCAGUUGUAUGCAAAUAUUAAUGUAUGUUCUGAAUGUACAUUAUAGAACACUUUAUCAAGUCUUUGUGUUUUUACUCACAAUUUAUGAAAAGCAGGUGUCCUUCAAGCGAGCUGUAUAGUGAAGACCUUGUUCUUUUACGGUUUUGUUUUCUUCUGUUGAUUUCGACAUUUUCAGUUUUUACAGCUAUAAACAGUAGGCACUGCCUUCAAGCUGGUUGCAUUUGGUGCAGGGGCUAAAAUUGCCACAAGGUAAAAAAUGAGUGUAAAUAACGCUUGACUUUUUUGUGAUUGUUACUGUUAUAUCCAGCCUAUACUGCUAGCAGCUGUUUUUACUGCAGUCAAUUACUGGAAGUGGAUAUAUUUCCUAUGCAAAACUGUUUAAACAAUAAAAUGAGCUAUGCUACAAAGCAA